AUGGAGGCAAAUCAACUGGUAAUCGCCAUCGAUGGACAGUCGUCCAGUGGUAAAAGCACAUUGGCCAAGGCCAUCGCCAAAGCAUUGGGAUUGGUGCAUAUUGAUUCGGGUGCUAUGUAUCGGGCACUUACCCUGUAUGCGAUGCGUUAUUGGGGUGAUAAAUUAACCCAGUUAAGUGCCCAAGAAUUGGAGGGUUGGCUUCAAACUCAAUACGCCCAUAUGCAGAUAUCAUUUGUUAAAGAUCCCCAGACUCAGCAAAAUCAAACGCAUUUAAAUCAAGAAUUGGUGGAAUCCGAGAUUCGAACCAUGGAGGUAUCCAAUAGGGUGAGUAAAAUAGCCCAAUUGGCCUCGGUGCGCACUUUUUUAAUAGACCAACAACGGCUAUUGGCGGCCAAGGGCGGUGUGGUAAUGGAUGGCCGCGAUAUUGGUUCCAAUGUAUUGCCCAAUGCCCAAAUUAAAUUAUUCGUAACAACAUCCAUUCAUACCCGUGUUCAACGGCGUUUGGAAGAACUCAAAAUAACCGAUCCCAAUGUGACCUAUCAAGAGGUGGAAGCCAAUCUGAAGGCCCGCGAUUUUGACGAUGAGAACCGAAGUUUGGCCCCGCUAAUACAGGCGGAUGACGCCAUGGUGAUUAAAAAUGAGGGGCUUACCAAGGAAGAGGUGUUGGAACAAGCAAUGAAAUAUAUUCAAAAGGCGCUUCUCAACUAA